GGAAGUUACAGCGUGAUGGCAGACGAUGGUUCUGUGGAUUACAGCGUACAUGAGGCCUGGCAUGAAGCCACCAAUGUUUAUUUGGUGGUGAUCCUUGUUAGCUUUGCUCUCUUCAUGUAUGCCAAGAGGAGUACAAGGAAAAUCAUGAGGAUAUUCAGUGUGCCAUCUUCAGCAGAAACCUUGUCAGAGCCUAACUUUUAUGACACAAUGAGCAAAAUUCGCUUAAGACAGCACCUGGAGGUGUAUUCUGUUUCAAGAAAGCAUGACUAUCAGCAACCCCGAAACCAAGCGGACAGUGUACAGCUCUCAUGGGAAUGA